AUGUCGCACAAAGAAAUGGAAAAAGAAAAUAUUUACGAUGAAUGGAAAAAAUCAACUUUUCAGCAAAGCAACAAUGAAUUUGAAAAAUUUUCAAUUCAAGUGAAAAUAAUCAUUUUCAGACAGUCUGGUGGAUAUGUCUGUUGGGCGAUGGGUUUGUUUCUCUUCUUUUCAGCACAUGAAAAAAAAACAAUCAAUCAAAAGGGAGAAUCUAAAACUAUGAAGCUGCGAGUUGAUCAAAUAUUUGAGAUCCAUUUAUCAAACAACGUAGGUCAGCAGAAAGUUAAGAAAUCAAAAGCGAUCCAAGAAUCAUUUGCACAGUCAUCAUCAAUCAGUGGCGUGAAGGCGAACGAACCACCAAACAUGGACAUAAAUAAAAGAAAGGGAAAAAGAAAGCGUUCAAUGCCAAUUUUUCAAAUGGAGUUUGCUCGAUGCUUUUUAAAAAGAAAUACUUUGGGAGAUAAACGAGUUGCUUGCUGUGAGGAAAUGUGA